AUGGUCCGUGGCCAAUUUGUCCAGCCCGCAAUGCUUGCCAGCGGUAGUGGCGGAGCGUCUGGCAGUGGAUUCGUUCGUGCAGUUGUCGGCCCAGGUGGCAUUGCCACACUCACUCCAGGUUCAGUAGGCAACACCGCAGGGGCUCAAAUGAGCGGGACGGCUCGUUUAGUCGGACAGACAUUGACGCCCGGUCUACUUAAUCCCUCUGGGCGGCAAACAGUCGCUAUUCAUCAAACUCAGCACCAUCCUCACCUCCAACAGCAGCAUGCACCAAGCCAAGUGAUGCGCGCCGUUCCUCUGAUCACAGGCACCGGAGCGAGCUCAGUUAUCACUGCAUCUCGCCGGAUCGGCGAUCUCAAUUUGCCCCAAGGAAGUGCUCAUCAGUCUGUUUAUCUUCCUACAGGCCGGCCAGCUAGCUGGCAACAAACAGCCGACCAAUUCCAUUCCAUGCAACAGCAGCGUCGUACACAUACACUGGGACACGCCCAUCACCAUUCGCAACAGCAGGAACCCCAACAACAGUCGCCCAGGUCUGGUGGAGGUCAAAACUAA